AAUGAUAAUUGAACGAUGAUAUGUUCGGUUUAUCCCAUUUUUCAAAAAUUUUCCAACAUGAGCACACGAAAAGUGCAAGUCAAAUGGAAGAAGGAAAAAUUUGAUGUAGAUGUUAAUAUAACAGAAAAACCAUCUGUGUUUAAGGCCCAACUUUUUGCUUUAUCAGGCGUAUUACCAGAUAGGCAAAAGAUUAUGAUGAAAGGAAUGGCUCUAAAAGACAAUGAAAAUUGGCAAAAUUUUAUUUUGAAAGAUGGUGCUACAAUUUUAUUGAUGGGUAGUAGUGAAGUCAACAAUCUACCUUCUGAUAGCAUUGAUCAAACAUCUGAAUUAGCUCAUUCUCUUAAUUCUGCAACAGAUGCUUUACUAAAACCUAAUUUAAUAAAAACUGACAAGGUAGUAUUUGAGGAGGACAUUACUGAUGAGGCUUUGGCCAAAUUAUAUGACCUACCAGCUGGCUUAGUCAACCUUGGAAACACAUGUUAUUUAAAUUCAACUCUUCAGUGCUUUUAUGCUGUGCCAGCUUUGCGAGAAAGGAUUGUUAAUUACAAAGUUGAACCAAAAGUGGGUAUAUCUUCUGCUGUAAGUGAUCAACAAGAAUCGUUUUUAUUAGCCCUGAAACAACUCUUCAUUCACAUGCGGGCCAACCCGACCGACUUGAUCCCUUUCGUUUUUUUGCAAAUAUUCCAUUCUACUUUUCCCGAAUUCGCCGAACGCGAAAGACCCGAUCCGGAAGUGGGCCAUUCGGCCGAAGAUUCCGCCGCCGUUUCCGGGAACUUUAGGCAACAAGACGCUAACGAGUGUUUGGUGAGAAUACGGAACAUACUGGGAGAGAAGUUGAAAACGUCGAGCAAUGACGCGAGUGCGAAGGGCGGUAAUUUUAUGGACAAAUAUUUCAGGGGGGAAUACGAGGUCACCAUGAAACCCGAGGAAGCUACCGCGCCCGCGGAAAUGCCGGUCGUUAGCCGGGAAAAUUUUUAUCAACUACGCUGCUUUAUCAAUAACGAAGUUAAAUAUCUACGCACCGGGAUUGAACAUGGUCUUAACGAAAAAGUCGAAAGAUUUUCGCAAAGUUUGGACAGAAACGCCACGUAUUCUAAAAAUUCACUCAUUUCACGUUUGCCCGCGUACCUGAUCGUCCAAUUCGAGCGAUUUUUUUUCAAAAAGGAUCAAAGGAUAAAUGCCAAAAUCAGGAAGGACAUUAAAUUUCCCAUGGUUUUGGAUCUCCACGAGUUUUGCACUCCGAUCUUGAAGGAAAAAUUGCUCCCUCGGCGCCAAAAAUUCAGGGACGCGGAAGAGAAAAAGGUUCAAUCGCUCAUAAAUUCCAAUGACCCCAAACCCGAAUUGUCGCCCGACAAAAAUAAGACCGCCAAAACCGCCCAAGGAAAACCCGAAGCCGAGAUUCCCCCAACUUCGUCGUCAUUUGAGGAUGAUGAAGGAUCCAACAAUAGCGGGUAUUACGAUUUAUUGGCAGUUUUGACUCAUCAAGGCCGAACUAGCAAUAGUGGACAUUACGUAGCUUGGGUCAAACGUAACGACGUUUGGAUGAUGUGCGAUGAUAACAACAUCAAACCGGUGACAGAAGAACAUAUCAUGAAAUUAUCUGGUGGAGGCGAUUGGCACACCGCUUACGUUUUAAUUUACGGUCCAAGAAUAUUGAAAACUUGAAGCCAUUCAUACGAAAUUUAUUAUUCUUUUGCUCACCUUAUUAUAAUAAAAUGUAUUCGUCUUUAAA